GUUCAUGCAGUGCUUCGCCCUUUACUAUCACCUCCCCCCACGGAUUCACCCACAGAGUCACCCACAGAGUCACCCUCGGAUAGCUUCAUCAGCCCUUGACGGUGUUGUUGUGAUGAUCAUAUAAACUGUGGUGAACUGAAGCCUACCGACAUCAUGCCCUCACUUCUCUUUCUCCACAUUCUCACACUCUUUGUUUUACUUGUCCAGGCCAACGUCGAGAAGGUCGUUUUCAUCGCUCAGCCCAGCAUUCCGAUCCUGGACAUCCAUCCAACCCUCGACGAUCUGGACGUGCUCAGUCUGCAUCCCCAUCACCUCCAGGAGCCCGCCAGUUUACCAGUUUCGUUUAGCGCUCCGGAUAAUUCCUCCUGGUACCUCCUGGAGAACCUGCGAAUCGGCCAGCGCUUUGAAGUGCGGGUUUGCUGGCCUGCCACAUACCCGACCAAAAUUGACGUCGACGUACUGUCCAUCUCCGAAGUCCUCCAGGUACCAGAACUUAUCCAAUCACUGGUGUUGUAUUCGGAGAAUCGUGAUUACUCUUGCAUCGUCCAGGAGCCAGUGCCCGAAUUGAAACACACGUCCAAGCACUUCUUGCGGAUCCAGGCUUCUCCUGAAUACAUUUCACCUGACACCGAGUUGAUGCUUAAGCCUUAUCCUGUCCCUGUGGAUAUCAUUCUGGACCCCUACCUUUUGAAUAUCCUCCCGGCAUCACUGGUACCAACUGGGGUGUACAUCUGUGUGACCGGGCUCCUAAGCUGGUUCGUCGCUAAGAAGGCAUAUUCGAUCCUGUCACCGCGAUCUGAAUCCACCAAGCCGCACGUUGACUGAAAAAUCCAUCAUGGCUCCGGAU